AUGGCUCACGAGAGCUCAUCCGGGUCGACGGGCUCGUCCUCCAACUCCACGGGCACCUCAUCCGGUAGCGCUGCCACCACUACUACCGCGGCUGCUGCCUCCAAGAACAACAAGGCCAACAAGAACGCUGCCAUUUCCAAGGCCACCUACGACACCUGGUAUGUCAUCGCCGGUGUCACCGGUGCCUGCAUGGCGGUCUACCUCUUCUCGGUCGCCAACGCUUGGUACAUCCGUCGCCGUGUCGCUGCUGCUCGCCGCGCUGGCAAGGCUGCCUCGCCUCCCGCUGCCACCACUGGUGCUUCGGUCUCGAUCUCGCGUGUCCCCAAGGCCCUCAACGCCGUCUUCGCCAAUAUUGCCUACUACCGCGUCUGGCCUCUCUGGAUCUGGUCGGCUACCUCCACUGCUGAGUGGUGGUGGACUUGGGCGUACACUGGUAUUGUCCUUGGCCUCGGCUUCUGGGGAUGCAUUUCCAACGGCAAGCUCGACUACGCCAACCCCAUGGGUUACGUUGCUUUCGGCCAGAUUCCCCUUAUUGUCGCCCUCUCGUCGCGCAACAAUGUGCUCUCGUGGUUGACUGGUAUCUCGUACGAGAAGCUCAACUACCUCCACCGCGCAUCUGGCCGUCUUUGUGUCCUCACCACUUGGCUCCACACUCUCGGUUGGUUCAAGAAGGGUCUUGGCAAGCACGGCCCCGGUACCAACAUCUUCCUUACCGGCAUGCUCGCUGCUGUCGCUGCCCUCAUCAUGUGGCUCACUUCGUUUGCUCUCGCUCGUAAGAUUGCGUACGAGUUCUUCCUCAUUUCGCACAUCACUAUGGGUAUCAUCUUCAUUGUCGGCUCGUACUACCACUGGCCCCGUCUCGGCGAGUGGUGCUGGGUUGGUCUCGUCAUCUGGGCCUUUGACCGUGUCCUCGCUACCUGCCGCAUGAUGUGGGUCAACAAGGUCUGGCUCAUGCCCUUCUCGUCCAAGCGCGCUGCCCACUCGGCCUGCACUGUCGAGCUCGUCGACCCUGAUGUUGUCCGCCUCACCGUCAACCGCCCCAACAUGAAGUGGUCGCCCGCUCAGCACGCCUACAUCACCAUGCCCGGCGUCGCCACUCUCCGUUACGAGCAGCACCCCAUGACCAUUGCCAACAUCCAGUCGGAGACCGGUGAUGUCACGUUCAUCAUCCGUGCCCAGACCGGUUUCACUCGCCGCCUUGUCCACCGUCUCACCGAGCAGAAGUCGAGCGACAUCAACUGCUACCUGGACGGCCCCUACGGCAUGUCGCACGGCCUCAACCACUACGACUCCGUCAUCCUCGUUUCCGGCGGUACCGGUGUCACCUACGGCACUGCCCACCUCCUUUCGAUCAUGGAGGGCUCGCGCAACGCCACCACCGCCGUCUCCAACUGUCGCCUUGUCUGGAACGUCCGUGAGGCUGCCAACGUUUCGUGGAUUGCCCCUAUGAUCAACGAGGCUGUCGCCAAGGGCCUCGGCCAGACCCGCUUCCACAUUGACAUCUACAUUACCCGCUCUGCCGCUUCGGACGAGCCCGGUACUGCCCACGUCGCCCCCAUCGAGGACACUGCCACCCCCGAGUACUCGCCCAGCGGCUCGACGGAGAACGUCAACGACAAGGGCUCGGCGUCGUCGCUCGGCGACGAGAAGUACGCUUCCAUCGCCGGCCUCUCGGCCGAGGCUGCCCAGCUCGUUUCGUGGCACCGUGGACGCUCGCACAUCGAGGGCAUCCUCCGCUCGGACCGCUCCGAGUCGGCCACUGACGGUGCCGGUGUCGCCGUUGCCUGCUGUGGUCCUUCGGGCCUCACCCUCGACGCCCGUCGCGCCGUCUGCAAGGUCAACUCGGCUGGCUCGAUUCUCCGCGGCCAGAACGACGUUACCUUCUACUCUGAGCUCUUCGGCUGGUAG